GCGGGGCAAGGGAGGAAGGGAAGGGGCAGGCGGGCAGGCACAGGCCGGGCUGGCUCCUGGUCCCCCAGACUCCCUUUCGAGCCUAGCCAUACCCCGCGGACAAUGGGAGAGGUGGAGAUCUCGGCCCGCGCCUACGUGAAGAUGUGCCUCCACGCUGCCCGCUACCCGCACGCAGCUGUCAACGGGCUGCUGCUGGCUCAGGCGCCCCAGGCGGGGGGCUGCUUGUGCCUCAGUGACUGUGUGCCUCUCUUCCACAGCCACCUGGCCCUUUCGGUCAUGCUGGAGGUCGCCCUUAACCAGGUAGAUGUGUGGGGUGCCCAGGGCAGUUUGGUGGUAGCUGGGUACUACCAUGCCAAUGCAUCGAUGAAUGACCAGAGUCCUGGUCCCCUUGCCCUGAAAAUUGCUGGACGAAUUGCUGAAUUUUUCCCUGGUGCAGUACUCAUCAUGCUGGAUAAUUGGAAACUGGUGCCUCAGCCUCGAGUACCACCUAUCAUUGUCUUGGAGACUCGUGAUCGACGCUGGGUCCCCAAAGACAAGAACUUGGUGAUGUGGCGGGACUGGGAAGAGUCAAGGCAUCUCCUUCGAGCACUACUUGAAGGCCGGGCCCACCAGCUUCUUGUUGACUUUGAUGCCCACCUUGAUGACAUCCGCCGUGACUGGACCAAUCAACAGCUCAAUACUGAAAUUUCCCAAUGGGUUGCUGCUGCCAAUGGGAGUGCCUGAGCUAGGCCAUAGUGGUUAGAACCACAAAUAAAAAGAUGAGGAGUGGUGUGACAAAAUUUA